GGGGGAUUGGCUGCCCGUUCGUCUCAUUGGCUGCCUGGGGCCAUCUCUCCCUGCGGAUUGGCUGCCUGCCUCUGGUAGGCAGGAUUCUUGGAGAGAGGGGACAGCUACAUCCCCUUUUGUGGCUGCGGGGCUCGCGCUGGAAUUGCUGGUUGUGCAGCAGGAUCCCGAGUGCCUGGAGGGCUGUGGCUGCUGCCUGUGGCGCACCCGUGACCCGCUCCUGGCAGGAGUCUGGAGUUAGUGGCUUGUUGGAAAGCAAGUUAGAAGAGUGUGUGUGUUGGGUGGGAAACCUGUGGGGAAAGUUUGCACCUUAGUCUCCGGAGCGGCAGCAGCGGAUCAUGCAGCGGGGGAGACUCGCCCUCCUAGUGUCUCUGGCUUUUCUUCUGCUCCACGUGAGAGGUGAAGAUGACUUUAACUUAGAAGAUGCAUUAGACUUGGGGCCUACAAAGAAGCCUGAUUCAGCUACCAAAAAGCCGGAGCUGGUAGAUGACCGCCCAAAACCUCAGCCUGGAAGCAAGGACAAUACUGGUGGAAACUUUAAGGAUGAAGACUUAGUUGAUGGUAAACUUCCGCCAGAAAAAAGGGGAGAAGAUGAUACCAAUCCCAAGAGUGGAGGAGAUGCGGCAGCCUCUCAAGGAGUGAUACCUGGAAUUAUAAGUGCUGUGGUUGUAGCAGUUGUUGGAGCAGUAUCUAGCUUCAUUGCUUACCAGAAGAAGAAACUCUGUUUCAAAGCAAGCGGAGAUCAAGAGAAUGUUAAUAUGGAAAGUCAGCAAGGAGCACAUGCAGAGCCACCUGUUCAGCGAACACUUCUGCAGAAAUAAUCCAGGGAAACUCAAGGUGAAGAAAAGAUGAGCAAAAAUGGAUAGAAAACCUGCAUAUCUGCCUGAAAAAAACACAAUGUAAACAGCAAGGGCUUGAGUUUCAAAAUUGCAUGGAAAAAGAAUGUAGUCCUGUUGAAAUAUCCUUGGAAAGAAUGGGAGGAAUGUUUUCAAAUACCUGAGCAUUUUUAAUGUGGUUAGCCCUGUGGAGCGCAGUGUUGCCCACUGACAAUUGGCCUUAAAAUAGUGAUGGUCUAAAACAACUUGUGCCUUUUAAUUCUCAACUCUGCUCUUGUGGCAAGAACUGUCACUGGUGUAUAUCUGAACUGACUACUAUUCUGGCUAGCUCCUUUUCCUUACCCCUUCAAAAAAAAUCAGUAGAUCUGUUAAUGUAUCAUUACUUUGACACAGCUCUAAUGCUGUAGCAUUGUAUGGGUACAUCUACACAACCCACAUCAGGGAGCCUCCCACUCUGGGCAGACAGACUGGGGCUAGCAAGGCUCACGCUAGUGCUCUUAAAAAUAGCAGUGGAGGCAGUGCUUUGAAGUUGCAGCUCAGGCUAGUGCUCGGGCUCUGAAGCUUAGAGAGGUGGAUGGGCUCCAAAGCCGGAGCUCCCACCCACGCUGCGAUGUCUACCCAGCUAUUUGUAGUGCAGUAGCGCAAGUCCCAGGGGCCCAACUCUGUUGACCUGAAUUGAGAGGCUAACUGCUGUGUGCUGCAUAUACUUACCCUAAAUUGGGUAAUCAUACUAGUGAAGACACCUGUACAGUUCACUUGAAAGUGAAGUUUAAAAAAAAAAUUCUAGUAAAUGUUACAUUUUGUGGGCACCUGAAUAGAAAUAUUACAUAGCUUAAAAAAGUAGCCAUGUCAUCUGAAAUAUUUGACCAAAUGAGUGUGUGUGUAUUUGACAAUGGUGUUGCCUGUGUAGCUGCAUGGGUCAGCUUAGCAGGAAGGAGGUACUUAUAUCUGUCCUCUAAGGAAAAAAAGUGUUUUCUUUUUUUUCAUUUUUCUUCACUACAUCUGUCUGGUACAGAUCCAGAAAGCCCCAAUGUGCUUCCCUGCAUCCCCCAGAGUCUCAAAGUUGCUUUUCAUAGCGAUUAACUAAAAUAGAGUUGGUCAAAAAAGGAAAAGCCUGACUUACAAAUCAGAACUCUACAUUGGCUGCUUUUCAUUUGGCUGGGUGUGUCUUUUUGGUGUUCAUGAGAAUUCAAACAGCUGCCAGGAAUUAAUUUGUAUACAAUUUGGGACUGACAGAUAUUUCCAUGACUGCUCACCUGAAAGUUUUAACAGAAGGUCAUUAUAUAUAGUUUCAGUUUUGAAAGCUUUGUCAUCCAGUCAGAAAGCAGAAACAAUACGACUAACUUAUGUGGUAACUCUGCAACGUGGAUAAUCAAGAGCACUCUAAACUAGGGUGACCAGAUAGCAACUGUGAAAAAAUGGGACGGGGGUGGGGGCUAAUAGGCGCCUAUAUAAGAAAAAGUCCCAAAAAAGUGACUGUCUCUUUAAAAAGGGACAUCUGGUCACCCUACUCUAAAGUGAGUUCCUAAAAAUUACUCUCCACACGAUUCAGCAUUUGCUUGUGAAUAACAAACGCAUUUGAGGACCUCUAUUAGGUUCAUGAAGGACUGACAGCAGAAAAGAGCCUCAGUCCUGCAGCUAAUAGCAUACAGGGGCUGCUGCACUUGUAUGGAGCCCCAGUAAAAUUAAUGGUGCCCCAUUCAAGCACAGCAGUCUGCUUACAUGCUGUCAAUUGAAGGAUUGGGGCUUAAAUUUGUAACUAAUACUGGUUACAAUGAAUAGUUUGACCAGCUGUACCAAGGACAUUCUUUUUGUAAUAUAACUUCAGUUUUUGUGCAAUUUUACAAAACACUUUGUGACAAUUUUACUUAAAAGUGCAUCUGGUAAAUGCAUAGGUGAGAAUCUGGAGAAUUACAGUAAUUCAUACAGUAAACAAAUGAAGCUUUUUACAUAAGGUUAUAAUUUGGACUAGCGCAGACUUUUUUCCCUGCCAAAACCUGCAAAUCUCUGUUCAUUCAAAUAUUAAUGCAUCUAAUGAGAACUCAUUUUAAAGGGAACAUGGACAUUUUUAUUUUAGGAAGUUGAUGACAAAGAGCUUUAAAUUGAUUUUUUUUUUUUAAUUAUGAAAAUCAGUAAACCAGUUUGCCCCAUUACUCUUAUUUUUUUUCCUGGAGGAAAAUGUUAAAACGUGCAAGUGUGUUGUUGAUGGAAAAGUUACUAUAUUGUAGGUGAAAUUCUUUGACUGUAAUCAUUAAACUAAUGAAAUGCCUUGCUUACUUUCAACAACAAAUGUAUUACAUAUGUAUCAUUGUCAAGUGUCAAGCACACUGAAACAUGCCAAUAGCUGUUUUGGCGUUCUUUAAACAAGCUUUCAAUUAAUUAGGAUUAUGAAUCCUUCUUUAGAUUUCUCAAACCUCUUAAGAAUUAGUCAUUAAAACCUCAGACUAUUAACAUUGUGCCUUUUUUUAAUAAACAUUUGUAAAGUUACUUUGGUUAAGUAUCUUAAAAUGGACUUCCAUUUUAUUUCUUUGAGCUGAAAACAAUGUUAACUCUACUUCUGUGUUUUGGAUGUUCUAGAAAAAAAGAAAUUGGACGCAAGAUGGGAGUGGUCUACAAACUUGUUAGUUUACCUUUUGUCCUAAAGAGUUUAGAUUUAUUUUGAAAACAUCUAAGUGUACUAGAAUACAAGUGUGUAAUUUUAAGUAAACAGUGAAAAAAAGUACUAGCCUGUUUUUAAUGUCUAGUGUGCAAUGUUUUGGAGAAGAGACUGCAGGGUGUGAUUUGUGGUUUCCUUUUUUGUACAAUAGCUGAUUCAUAUGCACUCAAAUUUCGGUAGGUUUGUUUAUAUUACAGAGGAAUUAUUAAAACAUCCAACAUAGAA